AGUUAUAGCAAAAUGCUUGUAUAUAUAACAUCAAAAAGGAACAAAAGCUUGUAGCAUAUAUCCAAGUCAAUUUAAAGAUAACGAACUUUCAACUAACAUUUAAAAAACAUUUAUAUUCAUCUCAGCCUCACAAUCUUAAGUAAAAUAAUAACAACCUCUAAAUGAAACUAACCGAAAUUACCGCGAAAAUUUCCUUUUCUCAAGCAGCAUCAUCAAGAACUAAACUUUAUCAUCACCUUCUCAAUCCAUUUGGUUUUGAGUUUCUUUAUCUUUCAAUUUGUGGUUACCAAACAAAAAAAAAAAAAAAAAAAAAAACUGAUACUUAAUCAAUCAAAAGGUUUUACAUAUCAAUAACAAGAUGUUUAAACCCAAAUUUUGUAAGUCGUCUCCAAAUUUAACAUUAAAUUGUCCAAUUCCAACCUUAGGGAUCGGAAACACAAAAAAUGUAAGCCCGGCGGAAAUUAUUAUGCUCGAAGAAGAUAAUUUUAUGAUUUUUACUCCAAAAGAAGGCAAAGACAUUAUUCAUGAUUUAAAGGUUUUGACAGAAUCACUUGGAUUAAUGGGUGAUUAUAGAGUUACUCAAAGGAAGGAAAGCCAAAACCUCGUUCGACGAAUCAAGAUUAUGGAAGUUCUUUUGGAAGAGAUUAGGGACAUUAAUGAACCUCUUUCAAAUUCAGCUCAUGCCUCUUUCUGUAAUUUGCGAAGGGCUCUUUUAUCUGCCAAAAAAUUGUUAAAAACUUGUUCUGAGGGUAGCAAGAUUUAUCUGGCCCUUGAACGUGAGGCAAUUACGGGAAUAUUUCAUUCAGUGAAUUCGAAAUUAAGCCAAGCUUUGGAUGAGAUUCCUUACCAAGAUCUAAAUAUAUCAGAAGAGGUGAAAGAACAGACGGAAUUAAUGGGGCACCAACUUAGGAGAGCCAAAAGAAGAACAGACACACAAGACUUGGAGUUGUCCAUGGAUAUGAUGGUUGUGUUUAGCAAAGAAGAUGAACGAAACGCCGACAUUGCAAUCUUAGAGAGGCUAGCAAAAAAGCUCGAAUUAGGGACAUCCGAGGAAUUAAAGGAAGAAACUAAAGCUGUGAGAAGGCUUGCAAAAGAUAAAAGAGCUGAAGAACAUAUGCAAGUUAUCUUAGAUGUCCUUAAUAAAUUCAAACAAAUUGCUGGAAUUGAAGAAACCAAUCUAAUGCUUGAAGAUCAUAAUGUAAAUAAGCCCUUAGAACAACAACAAAUUAUCAAAAGUCCUACUACAGAAAUACCCCAAGAAUUUCUUUGUCCAAUCACUCUAGAAAUUAUGACAGAUCCUGUUAUUGUUGCCACUGGACAGACAUAUGAAAGGGAAAGCAUCCAGAAAUGGCUAGACUCAAAUCACAGAACAUGUCCAAAAUCAGGACAAGUAUUAGAACACCUAUCCUUAGCCCCAAACUAUGCACUUAAGAAUCUCAUCAUACAAUGGUGUGACAAGAACAAGAUUCAACUACCGCGAAAAAAAGAUCAAUCCUCCCCUGACAUAGCAACCGAUGACCCUUCCUCACCCGGACACAAAUCCACCAUAAUUCCACUCAUCCAAGAUCUCUCCUCGACUCACCUAGAUGUUCAACGGGAAGCUGUCCACAAGCUCCGAUUGCUCUCUAAAGAAAGCCCUGAAAAUAGGAUCCUUAUUGCCGAGAGUUCAGGGAUCCCUCCUUUAGUCCAACUCCUGUCAAACCCGGAUUCAAAAACAAAAGAACAUGCUGUUACGACGUUACUAAAUUUAUCUAUUGAUAGCACGAACAAGCAGCUUAUAACUGAACAUGGUGCGAUCCCUACAAUCAUAGAAGUCCUGCAAAAUGGUAACGUAGGAUCCAAGGAAAAUGCAGCAGCUACUUUAUUUAGUCUCUCAAUGUUAGAUGAAAAUAAAGUGACUAUUGGAUUAUCAGAUGGGAUACCUCCGUUGGUAAACCUGUUAGCUAAUGGUACAAUUAGAGGGAAAAGAGAUGCAGCAACCGCGCUCUUUAACUUAAGCCUAAACACCAUGAAUAAAGCUCGAGCUGUCGAGGCAGGGAUUGUUAAGCCCUUAUUAAAUUUGCUCGAAGAUAAUGAGCUAGGCAUGAUCGAUGAGGCCCUGUCGAUUUUGUUGCUCCUUGUUUCACACCCUCAAGGGAGGCAAGAAAUCGGACAACUUCCGUUUAUACAAGCUUUGGUUGAAUUUAUGGGGGGUGAUGGUACACCUAAAAAUAAAGAAGGGGCUGCAGCUAUACUGCUCGAGUUGGGCUUAAAUGGUGGAUCAUCCUUCUUGCUCGCGGCGCUUCAAUUCGGAGUUUAUGAGUGUUUGGUUGAUAUCUCAAAGAAUGGGACUAAUAGAGGGCAAAGGAAGGCUUGUUCCAUUUUGCAGCUUAUGCGCCAGUAUGAACAAAUUCCUUGAUUAUAUUAUGUGUUAGGUAAUUUCGAGAAUUGAUCCCAGGAGGGAUGCUCUAACCACUUGAGAUAUCCCUCGUUCGAUCUCUUCUAGCUAUUGUGAGUAGUAUAUCAUAUUUGAUCCUAUAGACUAUAUAGUAGGGCUUUUUUUUUUUUUUUUUUAAUUUUUUUUUUUUAAAUGGAAGAUUAUAGUAUUUAGUCAUUGUACAGUUCAAUGUUCUUAUAUUUUUUUCUUCUUGUAUAAUAAUAUAAUGCAUUCCUUGUUGUAUGUUGUAAUGCUCAAUGAAUAAUACUAUUAAUUUUGGACAAAUUAAAGGUAAUAUUCCUUGAAAUUUUUGAGUCACUCUGUGUUACGAAUCGAAUUUCAUUUCUCGGUAAUUAAGCUAAACACCUUGAAGAAAAAUUGUCCCAAUUACGUAUGCUAAUUUCUAAAUUAGACGAAUUAAUUGUAUAGUAUCCCUUGAUUGAUUUCAUUUCUCGGUAAUUAAGCUAAACACCUU